AUGUUCGAUGUACCGCCCAAGUUCUACGAGCUGUGUCGCCUUUGUUUAUCGUCGGACGGUGUCAAAUUGUCCAUAUUCGAAGAGGAAGGCGCCCAGCGGAACUUCGCCGAUAAGAUAUUGACGUGCCUCUCGAUUACGGUAAAAGAUGGAGAUUCUUUGCCACCAAUCAUUUGUCACCGGUGCGUGUACAAGUUGGAUGUACUGCACAACUUCCGUGAAGUGUCACACAAAUCUGAUGUCAUACUCAAACAGUACCUGGAUUAUGCCAAGCAGUUAUCAUCACACGAUGAUCAGAAGAAAUCUUUCUCCACUGCCAAAGUAGCAGGCUUAAGUCCUCUACAGUCAUUUCUCCAAUUGAACAAAACAUUGUUCAAUGAGGAGCCUAACUCUCCGGCCAGCAUUAAUCAAAACGUUAUACCUCAGACUCAAACACAUCAUUUGGAGUUAUGCACCAAUGACAUGCCUGAGCAUGAUAACAUUAAGUGUGAACCAGAAGAUGAUACGUGUUCAAAUAGUUCUGAUCCAGACAGAUUAGAAAUAGAAGAUCGAGAUGAGCAGGAUACUGAGGGGGAAGAAAAUGGUUAUGAUAUGACCAUUAACAAAAGAAUGAAAGUAGAAACAAAUUACGAAGAAUCAAAAACGAGUACCCCUAAUCGCAGUCCAGUAAAUAGAAUGGAUACACCAGAAAGUAAUUGUUCAGAUACAAAUAUUGAUCAAGAAACAACAAAGUUGUGGCAAGCAUUAGCAAACAACAGGAGUUUAGAGAUUACUAGGACGAAUGGUGACAAACUAAAUAAUGGAUUUACUGGUGAAGCGACUAAUUUACUGCGUUCCUUGAUCAACAACAGACAAAUCGGUAUUACUGCUGUUGAUUCGGACAGAAUAUCUCCGCAAAUUAGGUUUUACAGAGACACCCAGGGGACAACGAUCGAACGUACUGUACCCGACUGUUCUGUACUCAGCAAUCGUACUAAUGUUUCGUGUAUAGAAAACAAGGGUACAUCCGUGGACAGUAAUCCGUCAAGCCCUGCCAGUAUCGGUCGGAAGGAGACCAAGUGUCGUAGAAAACAAAGUUAUCCUAGUAAAGCUCCAAUGAGUCCAGAUGUCGUUAAUUAUCAACACGAAUCUAAUGAAGAGCAAGCACAAGACUUUACAGCGUGGUCAAAUAAAAUGAAGGGAAAGGUGGAGGACCAAAAACAACAAUUCGAUCAACACAGUGGUAAUAUGGCGAAAAAGGUAGAUAUGUCCUGUACAAAUUGCGGUACCAUGACCACAACCAUUUGGAGAAGGAAUAUGAAGGGGGAAAUGGUUUGUAACGCUUGUGGACUCUAUUACAAACUGCAUGGAGUAAAUCGUCCAGUUACCAUGAGAAGGGACACGAUACAUACACGUAGACGCAGACCCAAAGGCGAGAAACCGACAAGGCAUAGAAAAAAAGGUGACUCAAUUUUGGCACCACAAUCAGAGCAAAUGGAUGCAGAAAGUGCGGAUAUGUUGGCAGCUCUUCGGCGACAAAUUCAACCCCAUUUGAUGAUGGCUGCAUUAACGCCACCACGUAUACCUGGUGCCCAUCCACCAGCCCCUACCGCUCAACUUAAUUAUUCUCUUCCCUUACCUAGUUAUAUGAUGCAUCAUGUAAAGGCAGAAGGGCGAGAACAAUGUCAUUUAUCCACGGAGGCAGAAGAAACUGAAGCAGGAGAUGAAGAGAAUGUCUCGGACGUACCAUUGAAUUUGGUUGCGACGUCGUUAUCCGAAGAAGCACACUGAAAACACUUCGACCAGUUUCAAAACGACUUCGUUAUAGGUAUAUAUAUAUAUACAUACAUAUAUAUACAUACGUACAUACAUAUAUAUAUAUAUAUAUACAUAUAUAUAUAUAUAUAUAUAUACAUACGUGCGUGUGUAUAUAUAUAUAUAUAUAUAUAUAAACACACACACACAUAUAUAUAUAUAUAUAUAUAUAUAUAUAUAUACAUAUAUAUAUAACAAAGAAUCUCUAGACAGAAUAGUCUGUCCGGUGAUACACAGGGUGUAAAAGACGAGAUUGUUCUCCUUCUCCUUUCUGUCACUGAUUCUCGUCCAUGAUUCUCUUUUUUGGACUCUCCUUUUCUCUCUUUUCCUCUUUUCCUCUUUCCCACGGUCUCGAGAAAUUUGAAGUGGUAGAAUAUUGGGAUGUGUAUUUAUCCCUUGAGCUACCAAGCCCGUGGUGCAGAGCGCACGAAGGAACGAUGAUAUUAAAUACGCAGUAUUAAUUACGUGGUUAUUCAAAAUAUGUACAUAUAUAUACACGAUAUAUACGAAUACGAAGAAUAUUUUUAUACAAAAUUUUCUACGCUUGCAGCUAUAGAGAGCGACGGGCGAUCGUUGUACAUACACGCGCAAAUUGUUCUUUCGGUGUCGCACGUAUUUUACGCGUUAAAAAGGAAUGGUGGUCGUUGUCUGUUUUCUUAGUGACGUAAGAAAUUCAGUCACCAGUGAAAGUUUUUAGAACGGUGCUAGAUUACUGUUCGGGAAGGCUUAGAAAUAAAGAAGAAGAAGCAAAAAAUGAAGAUUUGUCACUAAAAGAUUAGUGAACAAAAUUUAACCGUUUUGUUCCACGGGCUUUUAGCUGUCAGUGAUGUUACAAUCAUAAUUGUCUCGUUGUUUUGCGUAAUAUUCAAGCUAAAAAACGAACGUCCCUCAACUAAACUUAACUAGUAAACAAAAUCUAUUUUUAAUUGGAUUUAAUAACGAGUGAAAUCUUAUUAAUCCAAACUGAAGAAAUGGAAGGAAAUCAAUGGAACAGAAAAACGGUUGCAAUGUGGCAAAUAUUUACUAAAGAAACAAAUAUUCGAUACAUAUUUUGUAACUUGAGCUUUGCCACAUUACAGUUUUGCCAGUAUCAUUUUUAAAGAUUAUAUUCUAGUGGCCUUUCAACGAUUCAUCUCUUUUCUCUUCCCCUUUUUAGCUCUUAUUGCAGUAAAUGCAGAUAAUUUAAUUACAGAUACGAUCUUAAUUUAGAUGAUGUAGAUACUUUUUUACAUGAGCACGAGACUGCCGGUGUAAACACAUUUAAAUACUCUUUCUACCAUUUACGUAUUUUUCCCCCUCCCUUCUUCUCUACGUAUUGAAAAAGUUUGUCGACUGUUCAUGCAGUCGUCGAUGAUUUGUACUUAAUAGACAAGGCAGCACACCACCAUAUAAGCUAAGACUCCGAAAGCAAUAAAAACGCGAUGGUACGUAGAAUAGAUUGUCGUCAUACAAUACUCGUUUGCGUGCUCUCUCGACGGCAUACAUAAAUUUCAGGAACUAAUACUUAGAUAACAUUCAUUUAUAUGCCAGACGUUAAAAAUAACAAAUUUUAUUGCUCCACAAUUGCUGUAGGUAUGUUUCACAUAUUCCACAGUCUCCCUUUAAAUUUCUUCCUUAACUCUGUUUAAUUUUAUUUUCAUAUUGUAAAAAAGCCAAGAAAACAAUGGAUAUUUUGAUGUAGAUAAACAAAAUUGUUUGCUUUUCUAAGGGUUAUCACUGAUCUAUAUUUUCCAGAAUGUACAGAUCACACAUUAAUAAACAGGUAUUAAGCAACCCUAAAUACCACUUAAUACGAUGGCCAGUGCAUCUACUCAUGUAUCGUUAUAUCUAACAUUGUAUACCUAAACAACUUUGCCAAAAAUAGAUUUAGUCUAUGUAACAUAGAGUAUAGUUAAGGGCAUAUGAUAAAAAUUAACGUUUUAUCUUUCUCUUUUACAACCUCAUAUACAGCAUUUACAUAUUUCUCCUUUAUUUUUCUCCCUCUUCUUACAGCUCUUCUUAUCAGUGAUACCUCUUGGCAUACACUGCUUUACAGAGCUUUUAAAUUCACUUACAGUGAUUAGUGGAGCAACUUAGCUUUAGUCGUUAUCAAAGGAGCCUUAUGGAUACACUCGUAUAAAUAUAUAUAUACACACAAACACAAAUGAUACACGCAUAUUACACAUACACUCACACAAGUACUACAUGCAUAGAUACAGUGUUCUAUGCUAUUAUACGAGUAUGAAUGAUACCACAAAUCAGUGCUAUUGCUUUCCUUUUUUAAACUUUUAAGUCUUUAAGCUUUUAACUUAUACUAAGAUUAUGAAAAUAAAUAAUACAUUCAUAUUUUAUUUUAUAUUUUUUAGAAUUUUCAAUCAAAUCUCCGAACGAUUACGGUUUAAUGUAUAACAAAAGCUAAUUUAUAUUCUUUAUAUUUUUAAUAUAUAUAAUAUUCUUUUAUACAUAUUUUUUAAAUAUGAAUGGCAUUGAAGAUGUGGUAUCUUUACAUUGAUAACACGAGUAUUGGAGGAAGAGGCAUAAAUUAUGAUGAGGUUUCACAAUAGUUGCGAUCCAAAUAACAGAUUGCUAAACUUUUCUCUCGUACGUCGAAAUGAUCCUUCCAUUUAGUACGUAUUCGAUACACUUCCUGUUUUAUAAGCAGGUUGAGAGGUAACAUAUCUUUUAAAUAAGUUUUAACAAGUGUACAUUCUACAUAUUUUAUUUACUUUUAUUGUAAAACGAAUUUGUAAAUAUCUUUCAAAAUUUCAGUGUCUUUUUUACAGACAUCAGUUGUAUGAACUGUGAGUUUCGUAUAGGUAAAAAACUUUUCUAUUUUUAAGCGGUAUAUACUACUUAUUUAAAAGAUACGUGAUACACAUUUAGGCUUAAACAUCUUACUAAGGGACGAAAGUAAUCAGCUACUAAAGUACGUAGGGCCUUGACUUCUCUUGGUCAAGCUAUAGAUCGCCAGUUUUUUUUAAAUUCUGUUCAUAGAACAUUUUAGAAUACCAUUUUUUUAAGUGUACCAUACGUGAAGAGAAUGAACUUAUUUAUGAAAUAACAUUGAUAGAAAGAAGUGAAAGCAAUGGACAGUUAUUUUGUUAGGCAUUUUUUUUCUCUCAGUUAUAAAUAUUUGGCUCGACGUAGCUUGUUAAAUAACAAAAAAAGCAUAACUAUUAUUAUCCUUAUAUUUUUUUUAAUUACUAUUAUUAUUAUUAUUAUUAUUAUUAUUAUUAUUAUUAUUAUUAUUAUUAUUAUUAUUAUUAUUAUUACCAUUGUAGAUGCGUAAGUAGAAUUAGAUUUGAGCUCUCUACUAAUUCUGGAACUAGAGGAUAUUUUUUAUAAUUAUUAGAAUCGAGAAAUCGAGUAUUGCUAUUAUAUAUAUAUAUAUAUAUAUAUAAAUAUAUAUAUAUAUAAAUAUAUUAAUAUUAUUGAUAUAUCAAUUUCAAUAAACUUUGAGGACAUUACGAUCCUUUUUAAAUAAGAUUUAGUUGCAAGACCGCCACUCGUCACGGCUCGUUUUUUCUUUUUUUUUUUUUUUUUUUUUUU